AUGUGGUGUAGAUUCGACCCUUACCAUGUCAGUCAAAAUGGUUUAAAGCGCAAGCUGGUGGUCAGGUAGCCUUACGCUCCUUAUAGUUUGCAAAGGAGAUAGUAGACUCUAAUUUUUCACAUCCUAAUAAAGUUCCCAAGAACUUCCAAGGGAUGCCAGAUGAACAUAAAGUGCGGUCAAAGGUCAAUCCCCAGAUUCGACAUCAGCAUUGCAGAUGCCAGCUGCUUCGCAGCCAGGUUCCCAGGCGGCUUUGCAAAGUGCUUCCGUUCUUGGCUUAA